GAGCUGUGGGCAGGAUUUAAAGGCUGCCGCUGCGGGGAGCCCAGAGCCCUUUUAAUCCUGGCUGCGGAAGCUGGUGCGGUCCGGCACAGCAUACUGGCUCUUGCCGGUACGCCGUACCAGACCGUACCAGCUUACUUUCACCUCUGCCCUCAGGCCAAAAAGUGUGCCCACCCCUGACCUAGGGCUUUGGCUCCAGCGGGGGAGGCUGCACCUAUUGCUCUGAUGGGCCCUGGGUCAAAGCUCCUUGUCAGGUCUGCAGCUGUGUGGAACCACGAGGGCUCAGUAGGGAAGGAUGAGGCGAUGGCGUUUCCCUUCCCAGCUCCUUCCCCAGACCAGCAGCCGGGAGGAGGCGACUUGGGCUGCGUGAGCAGGAGGACGGGAAUGACAGAAAGCAGGAGCACGUGAGCUGGAGGCUGAGCGACUGAGCUUGUGGGUGGGCGUGGAGGAUGCCCAGAUGACCACAGUCCCCAUCUACCUGCAAGUCAAUCCUCAUAUGACUGUGGCUUCUCUGAAGGACAUGGUACGGGCCUGUGCGCUGGCGCUGGGGGCACCGAUGGCACAGAGUGGGGUUUUCCUCCACUACGGCUUCCCACCCAGCGUUCAGCAGUGGGUGGUGGGCAAGAGGCUCCCCGGAGACCAGGAGACCCUGCACUACAACGGCAUCCAGCGAGAUGGUGACAUGGCCUAUCUCUACCUCAGGUCUGCCAAAGAGGCCAAGCUCACCAAAGAGACAUUCCAGAGGGAGCGGCAGCGCCGAGUCCUGGCAGAACUGGGCUUCGGAGACAUUAGCCUGCAGCCUCGUGGGAGCCAGGACCCGGCGGACGCAGGGCUCGGAGGGGCGCAGGACAGCCUGUGCAUGGAGGAGCUGAGGCAUGAGCUCUCUCAGGUGGAAGCCGCCCUGCCCCCUGAACCCCCGAAGGUCGGCUGGGUCUGUCCGAGCUGCACCUAUGUCAACAAGCCCACCCGCCCCGGCUGCGAGAUCUGCUGCAAGGAGCGGCCCAAGGACUACGCGGUGCCCGCGGCUUACCAGCCGGACGAGGAGGAGCUGGCGAGGAUGAGGAACGAGGAGGAAGCCAUGUGGCAGUACCAACAGGUGAGAGAGCAGCAGAAGAUCGAGAACUACCAGCACCUCCUGCAGGUGGACGGGCAGAGCCUGGUGCCUGCCGAUGAAGUGAUCGAAUGUCCCAUCUGCUUUGUGACCCUGCAGCCUGGAGAGGGGGUGACCCUCCGGGAGUGCCUGCACUCCUUCUGCAGGGACUGUCUGAAGGGGACGAUACUGAACAGCCCGGAGCCCGAGGUGCCCUGCCCGUACAUCGACGAGAAGUACUCCUGCACAGGACAGCUGCUGGAGCGGGAGAUCAAAGCGCUGCUGAGCUCUGCCGAAUACCAGCACUUCCUGGACCUGGGCGUCUCCAUCGCCGAGAACCGCAGCCGGUCCAGCUACCACUGCAAGACCACGGAUUGCCGGGGCUGGUGCAUCUUCGAGGAUGACGUGAACGAGUUUGCCUGCCCCGUGUGCCAGAAGGUGAACUGCCUGCUCUGCAAGGCCAUUCACGAGAACAUGAACUGCAAGGAGUAUCAGGACGACCUGAAGAUCCGGGCUGAGAACGACCAGGCUGCCAGGCAGACCACCGAGAUGCUGACGACGAUGGUCCAGAGCGGGGAGGCCAUGUACUGUCCCACCUGUAAGAUCGUUGUCCAGAAGAAGGACGGCUGUGACUGGAUCCGCUGCACUGUCUGUCACACGGAGAUCUGCUGGGUGACCAAGGGGCCGCGCUGGGGGCCGGCGGGCUCGGGCGAUACCAGCGGUGGCUGCCGCUGCAGGCUGAACGGCGUUGCUUGCCAUCCCCGCUGUCAGAACUGCCACUGAGCACACGAGCUAAGAGGAAGGAGGGGACCGCCGCUCCCUACACAGUGCUCCAGCCCCGUUGGGGGGGGGGGGCGCACAGCUCCCCUCGAGCCCCUGGCUACUCUCCCCACCAUGCCUUCAUAGCCUGGGGCCAGGCCUCUAGGUUUCUGGCUCCCUGAGCCCACCACAGACCCAUGUGUCCACGCGGGGAAGGACUGCACAGGUCAGCAGCCGUGGGGCGAGCGGAGCAUUCCUGUUUCAUGGAUUGGCGGUGGACUUAGAAGACAGGGUGCUGGCCGCCCCCUGCUGGGAACCGCGUGCCCUGUGAAAGUUGAGGGGGGCCUGCCUCACAAGCUGCUCCCUUCAGGUGUCCCGCCGCAGCAGCUGUGUAGAAAACGACGGGGCCGGGUUGGAACAGCAGGAACAUUGGGAACAUUCAGGCUCCUCUAGUUGAUGGAGGUGGCAGGUACAUUGGUGGCCUCAGGCCUGAAGAAGCCCUUCCUCAUCCCUUAGGGACAACAUGGCUCCCCCUUGCCUACAGGUCAGCAUUGCAACCUGAGCCAUUUUGCCAGCCACAGUGAAAAAGGGUUUUGGUGCCCCUCAUCUCCCAAAGUGGCCAAGCAGAAAAAAGGGCCACCCCAUCAGAGAGGAGCAAAACUGCUGAGCAGCGCAGGGGACUGCCAGGGCAACCCCAAAUCCCACACCUGGCUCCAGUCACAGCUUCCAGCCUGUCCGCUGCAGCCCAUGGGCACUUCUCAGUCAGCUGGUGCAGCAGGACCCAGCAGCCUCCCAGCCAGCUGGCAGGCACAGUACGCUCCAGGGCACUGGGGACAGACUGGGCAGUGUUGGUUCUUAGCAGGCAGCUUUCAUUGCCCUCCACCUGGAUUUACAAUAAAGAGCUGCAACUUUGGGUCCAGAAGUUUGUGUGUCAAUGUUGGUGCUGUGCCUGGUUAUGCAGAUAUGGCAUCUACUGAGAGGCAGGGCUAGCCUGCCCCGGCACAUCAGUGGGUUGUAGACAUAGAUCCCAAACUAGGCCAAACGAUUCCUGCUUUGGGGAAUAAAAGCAGCUCCUUCGUACCGGGAGGGGCUGGUGUCUGUCAGCAAUUAGAAUCCCCACCCCCAAGCUGCCAAAUCAGCAUCGCUCCAAUGCUGUCCAUGCUGAUUUACCCCAGCCGGGGAUCCAGUUGGCUGGCUACUCCCUGAGCUGUGCACGAGACCCCCUGGGCUCCUGGUUAUUCACAAGUAAAUCCCACUUCCCUUUACAAGAUCUGGCUACCUGGCUUCUCCUUCGGCAUGAAGUCCGACUCCCUUCCUGGCCUGUGCUGCUGGAUAAGAACGCUGAUAACUAGCUGCUGUUGUGCCGGGGUGGGCUGCGUUUCACCAGCGGAUGAAGUAAUACGUCCAAUUUAACAUUCCUACAAGAUAAACUUUAAAUGCUAUUAUGAAAAUUACUUCUUGAGAGGAAGUCACAGCAUGCUGAAAAUAGCACCAGCCCACUCUAGUGCUACCGCGUGCCUGAAACCCGUCAUGGAGCUGGGGAGGGGCACACCAGCAGUGUCUGCAGGGCUCAGCAGAGCAUGGGGGAGGGCUGCUAAUGAACUCAAACCCAGCUGUAGAUGGUGCUGUCAGGCUGGGGUCAAUGGGUGCCCCCCAGUCUCAUUUUGAGGUGGCUAAGUGACAUGGGCAACAUGCACAGCACCUCUGACCACGGCACUAAGUGCAUUUCAGCCUCUCCCUGCUCACCCACCCAUUCUCUCGUCCUUUCGCCUUCCUCAGUUCAGAAGUGAACCUGUGGCAAAUAGGGAACUAGAAACAAUGAAGUUCCUUGAGCAGCAACACAUCUGAGUCAGUGGCAGAGCUGGAAACAGAACCACAGAGUGACUCACUCACUGCACAGCACAACCAGGUCCAGGCUCGGGGGGAGACAGAAAAGCCAAUUUUGGACCACACAAGCUGCAAGCCACAUGCCUGGGAAGCCAGGAGACCUGCUAGCUCGGAGGCGCACUCACACUGGGGGAGAUACGUGGUAACCGGGUAUUGCUGUUUAUUUUACACAGUUCUGUACAAAACAGCAUUUACACGUGUAUACAAGUCCUUAUACAGACUAAACCACCUGAAGAGAACAGUGUCUUUCAGCAGGGGCCAUCCUGGCCUCCUCCGUGAAGGUGUGAAAAGAGAAUGAAACUGUUGCGUUCCUGGAGAGCCUGAGUGCAGGCCAAGCGCACCUACUGCCAGUCUCCAGGGACCCUCAGCCACAGCAGGGUACUGAAGGUGCAGUAACCCCUCCAGGCGGGAAUGAGUUUACACAUGGGCUGGAAACUGCUCUGAGCGUGUAAGGCAGGGGUUCACACUUAGGUGUGGGAAGUCUCUGACUGGAUCCCCAAGCUGUGCUGGUUUCCAGCAGCAGCUCCAGGCUACCUGCUAGGCCUUUUGAUCUGUACAUGCAAGGGGAAAUCACACAUUACACACAACACUCAGCGCCACAACAGGUCCCUGCAAUGGCACCUUCUGUCGCUUUACUAGGGAUACGGAAGGCAGGCAGGGAUGUUUCUGUUUUUCCCUCAGGAGUCAGUAACAUCAAGUCUCCUCUUCCCUGUGUGUGGUGGAGGACCAGAGAGCUGGAACAGGCACUGGCAGCCUGUAACUGAAGCAUGGACAGAGGGUUUCAAUCUUUAACAAACAUCUUUCCUGCCAACUGCAUCUGGUGUUGGAGCUAGAGCUGUUAACAGGAAAAACAAUCUUAAAGGCCGACUAUACCUCUCAACAGCUCAGUAUUUGCUCCUCGACACUUGUGAUAUCAAUCCUACCAGCUCUCUAGUUGCCCAGCAUCUGAUAAGCAAAGCAGGUGAGACAAGACCUGAAUUUCUAAUGCUUAAAAAAGAAAAAAAAA